AUUUGGCUUCCCAGGUUUCAAAAUGGCGGAACAUUGGCUACUCACAACAUAGAAAUAACAAUAAUCACUCAAUAAGCUUAGUUGAUCUUUUUAAAUCUCCACAUAACAUCAUUAUUUAAUAAAAGCAAUGCGUUAUUAAUACUCUUAAAGGUAAUUAAAAACUUUAAAAGUACAUUUGAGUAAACUUAGUCUUUUCAGAACUUUAAUGAAUGUCUGUAACUUAAAAAAAAUUAGUUAGAUAGGCCUAUAUAAUAUAUAUAUAUUAUAUAUAUUAUAUGAUAUUGACAAGAAGGCCUAUGCCUAUACGAUAAGCAUAAGUAUAAGCAAAAUUAAAAAAUAUAUCAAUAUAAUAUUGAUAUAUUUUGAAUUUUGCUUAUACUAUAGGCCUACUUAUAAUUUUUUUUUAAAUAUGUCAAACCAUACCUAACUCUCUAGAUGGUAGACCAGGGAUCCAGGGCUCAAAUCCUCAGGAACAAUGGGGAACUGAUUUUCUGUAACUUUUCCAUAUAAUAAUAAUAAUUGUAUUUGCUAAGAAAUAAAUACAUACAGUCGUAUGUGCCAAAAGUAACAUAUAGUAACUCCCACGUCUGGAAUGUGUACGUGUGUUGUUCAAUGAUCCAUAGCUUCAGCCAGUUCAGCAGCCAUGAGUUCCAAGAAGUCAGAAAGAUUAUAUGUUGAGCUGUUUUUGUUGCAAAUGGAGGAAAGAAUAUUCAUAUUUUAGCAUUAUUUUGGCUUUUACUUGUACCUAAAUUAUUAAGUGAUUGUUAAGCGGUACUAUGUUUUAAAAAAAAGUUGCAGAACUAUUCCAAGACAGAUUUAAUAAGAUUGCACAGGAAUGCUGUCUAUUUUUAUGAAAUUUUGCUGUUAUGAAAAUGUAUUGUGUCAAUGGACAAGGAAGUCUGAUAUACCAGUGUGUUUUUCAUAAUGAGAAUCAUGCCUGUGUUCUCCAGAAAGUGCUGCGUUCCCACCUAUGAAGUGUAAGAGGAACAUCCUGCAAAUUGAAAAUCAGCAAUAGGUAGAUUCAUUGAUUGGUUAAGGACAUUGGUGCAUUUUUAUACCGCAGUCAUAUUGAACAAGGUUUGGCGGAGCCAGAUAUGCAAGCCAUGAACAUGUAUUGUGGUCAAGUUGCACAAAGAUCCAAAUUGUUACAGUAAUGAGUAGCUCUCCAAUGAAAGUUAACUUUCAUUGACUUGUUAACAGGUCAAUCCGAAUUUCCCUUCUGUUGACAGAGUCCAUAACUGUGUUGCUCGGUGUCUUUUUUAUUUUAUCUCUCUCAGAAUUUAUUUUUCUUCCACCUUUAUUUUUUAAACAUGAUCCCCCUAACCCAUGAGCAAAUAUAUUGCUCAACCUUGCAUACUUUUUCCCAUAUUGGCCAUAGCCAACAAAAACCGACCAACACAUCUUAGGUUAUGUGACAGCUGGACCUAUGCACCAUUGACAAAUGCAAGGAUUUAUUGAAAAUGCUGGAGUUUCAGUACUGGUACUACUAAUUUAGGAGCAUGUUGUAUUAAAUUUGGAAGGGGGCAGUUUAAUUGAGGGUGGGGGGUUUUGAGUUAUUGUAAUAGCAAUGAAUGACACACACUCUUCUGUGUUCGGUGUAACAACUGAACUUUAUUCUACAUUAUACAACCUUUUUAUACCUCCACAUUCAUGAUCACUCAUUCUACUUUUCCACGCAUUUAAGUUUAAAACAUUCAUGAAUAAAAACAACUCAAGACGACCAGUCAUACCACAUAACAACAACACAGGCAAAUCAGGUCACAAACUUCACUCACUACUCACAAUAAUAAUCGUCAGUCAUACUGUCACAGUUAUUUCCCACACAUUUUUUUCUCAGACCUUGAUCCCUGUUUUAGAUGAAAAUCUAGAUGGUUUUUAAAGGAAUAAAGUUUUUAAAGGAAUAAUGCUAUUGUUUUUUUAAGGAAAACCAAAUUAAGUAUUUGCUAUAAUUCAUUUUCCUCCCUCUAUUUUUUGUCUUUAAGUAAUUUUGCUAGUGUUUACAAAUGACAUAGCAAUCACCAAAUAAUACCAAAUAACAUUGGUCAUUAUCUUUUUUUUGCGGCUGUCAAGUCUUCAGUAGCUUCAUAUGACAUUUUGAAUUUUAGAUAUUUUUUUAAUUAAGUAAAAUUAAAAUGUUCAGUUGCUCUCUUUAUUCUUAUCAGCACUUAUGUCUAUUUUAGAUUUUAAUAUGACAAUGAAUAGCUUCUCUAUUAAAAGAAAACAACAUCUGAUUGCAUGCUUUUUUAUAUUUUUCAUUUUUUUUCUUCCCAGAUAGCCAUUUGAUAUAGGGGAAAAAUCUAACAGCUUAAGAAAAUCAUGUACAACAAAACAAAGAUGAGGAUUACAGAAAUCCAAGGAGUUAGUUUUAUUUAUUAAGUCCAACUUCUAUUAAAAUACCAGUAGUGUUAUUAUAAAUGUUUUAAAAUUUCAAAUGAACCCUAUGGGUGGAAAAUAUUUUGCCUCUCUAUAUAUUUUUUUAUUAACAUGUAAAUAUUGAGCAACAGAGAAUCAUUUUAAUGAAAGAAUUUUCAAAGAAAAACAACAAUAAAUUGUAUUAAUUAAUUAAUUAUUUUUGUAUGCUGGUCUCUGUGCCUGUUGUCAUCUGUAACUAGGCUUUCACUAUGACAAUUUAGUGCACACCAAAAUUAUUUUACCUUAUAUACUCAUUCUCAAGCCAACAAUUUUGGAAAUAUUUCAGGAGAAAUAAUCAUACCCAUUUCAUCUAAAUCUUGGUUAUAUAAACUCUAAUAUUUUUUUUUCAUCUAGAGGGACAAUGAAUUAGCUGGUGGAGAUAACAAUGCUUUCAAACCAACUCCUGUUAGUGAGAGUAAAGCAAUGAAAAGAUUUCCUCAUCAACAGCUUGGUGAUUUUCAGCUUAAUACUUUUGCAGGUAGUCUUAUGACUUUUAAAAAUUUCAUGUUCCUUGCCGGAAAUGCCCUUAUUUACUUCAAUUUCUAGCUAUCACCACCAUUCUUAAAAACUAACAAAUGUUUUAAUAAUCUUAAAAUUCAUCCUUUUCACCCUCUUUGAAUCUAAUGCCUUUUCUUUAUCAAUUUUAUAUGUGCCAAAAUAUAUUAAUUGCUUUUUCACAAAAAUGCUCUCAACCAUAUUACUUUUUUUGUUGCACAGCUAACAUUCAACAUUUUAAUUACAUUUAUUAAAAAGAUAGUCUGUGUCUCUUUUUAUUUAAACUUAAACACAUUUCAUUAAUCACUUCAGAAAUUCAACUUGCAUAAUUUUCCAAAGUAUAUUUUUCUACAAGCAUUUCAGCUGUUGCAAAAUAAUUAAUAAGAUCUAAUUUAGAUAAUAAGUGCACAUUUGUACUUAUAAAAUUUCUAAAAAAUCACUAGCUAUUGCAAAAACAACCUUGUCUUGACAAAUCAUAGUUGUCAGCACAAAAAUAAAUAAAAGACAAUUUUGUUUUAAAAAAUCACUUCCAUGGAAUUAUUUGUUCACACCUAGCCUUGACUGCUGUUCAGGGGAAGGGUGCUUGGAACCCAGUGAAAGUAUUAUCCUAGACCUUGUUUUUUUUAGGGUCCAUAAAAAAUAUAUGCCCAAAAAAUGGAUAAAAACAUUCAGACCCAAAUGGCCAUGUUUGUUGUAUUUUUAAGUGGGGACUUUUCUUUCCCAGGACUUGUAAAUUUCUCUCUGCAGCUCAACACUUGGUAAAAUAUUAUCUCAAACUAUUUUGUGCUUGCCAAUAUUGUGGCCAACUAUUCAAAUAAUUUUUUUUUAAAUAUGACAUACCUUUUGGUCUGUUUGACUAAGCAAUUUAGCAUGUCUUAUUUGUUUCUUACAAAUAUAUGGCGUUUAUAAUAAAGGAGUUAUCCGAUUUAAUGACUGUGUCCAAUUUCCUGCAACUGCUGCUUUGGAUUUCUUGAUUUUGACAAAGCCACCCAGUUCCUUUUUUGCUCCCCACUCGACGUGGGCUCUAAGGUUCUUGGGCUAACAUAUUCCAAACAUACAGAGCAAGACAUUAUUUAUAAUAUUAGUUUAUUGUUAGAAUUUAACUUUAGAUUCAUCUGAAUCACACUAUAUUCCAAAAUUCCACAAAAAAUGAAAAAAUAAAUCCUCAUCACACCUCUUUUAGAACAAAUUCAAUCCAUUUUUGUGUUUGUGGUUUUUUUUUAACUUCAGCAACUUUUUUUGAGAUGAUAUUCAUUAUUAGAUAUGUCAAGAUUUUUUUAGCCUAUCAUUUCUUUAUUAGUCUCUUACUAAAAGGUAUCAACCAUCUUCAUAGCUCACACAAGGAAGUGUUGUAUUUUCUAUUUUAGAUUUAAAAUUUCAAUACUCUUCAGUACAUAUAACUAUAAUCAAAUAAAAAAUAACUACAAUUGUUAUAAAGAUUAGAAUUUCAACUCUUCUCAGGAAAUUACCACAGUGUUUAUGAUAGUAAGUUGAUGAUUUCUUUUAAAAAACAUUUAAGUUCAAAUUUCAAGCAAAGAAAUUUGUCAUAUUUCUGUUAGUUUCAAUUAUUUUCUUCAAAAAAUGUAAUAAUUUAUUAAUUAAAGCUACAUAUUUUCUAGGACUUUGUAAUAGAAUUGAAUAAAGGGGCCAUCAGUAAAUGAUGUCGUGCAUCUAGGGGGAGGGAGGUCACAUGCUAGUAAUGAUAUGUGAUGAGAGGGAGGGCAAGUUAAAGCAAUUUAAUGUCUCAUAAAAAGCGGAACUUAGUUGAAACAACUUCUAAUGAGCUAAAGUAAUUUUUACCUAAUUUUAUUUAUACACCAAUUUUAAUUAUUAAAUCUUCAUUUCUUAUGUUUGUGAAUGUUUGAUUUUUGAUUGCUUAUGUAUGAUUCAAACUUUUCAUUUUUAAACUACAAUCAACUCUGAUUGUUACUGAGUGAAUAAUUACUGUGUAGAACUAGUGCACAUAUAAUAUGUGAUAUCCAAAAAUGCUCUUACUCCUGUCAAAUUGGUCUUUGAAUAUCAAGUUUCAGGACGGCAUGGAUGACGAGAGUGGAAGGUGCACUGCCAUUGACAGUCAUGAUAAAUUAUGUAAAAAAUGUGGAAGACUGGCAUCUGGGAAUUGGGAGUCUGCAAAGGGGGUUAAGGAAAGAAAAAUAAUUGACAAUGGAAAAUAAUCUCAGUAGGAAAAUUUUCUUAUACAGAUGCAGUAAUUCCAUAUCUAUGAGAUAAGAAGCUUUUAGAGUUUGUUAACUAAAAUGUUAAAAUCAAGACAGUAGGGACAGUGAAUUUCUUAACAGAACUAAGUGACACACAUAUUCUGAUGGGGGUUGAGCUUACGCUCUUAAAACCUCUGGCUAGUACAUGGGCAACCAGCUCCCUCUGAUUGGAUGUGCCGUAUAACAUUAGUUGUACUAACCUAAUUUGUUAGAAUCAGGUCUGGACUCUCUCACUUUACCCUCUCCUGGAAAGAGGUGCUGUAACAGCUCUCACAUUCUUGACAGAACUACAUGGACCUAUUGAAGCACUAUUAAAUUUAAAGCUGAAAACCGACCAGUCAUUAUUUUGUAAGAAUUGUAAAAAAUUUGUUUUUAAUUUUUGUGGAUUAGAGGACAAUUGGAACAGCUAGUAGCACUCAACAAAAAUUAAAUAAGAUCAUGUAAUAGAUUGCAAAGCAAAAAUAAAUUAUACUUACUACAAUGAAAACAAAAAUUGAUGUGAAACAUUUAAUUUAUAAUUUUUAAAGGAUUUUUUUGGAGGGGGGGGGAGGGAGAGAAGAGGAGAGAGAUUUUUUGGUAUGCAAUAUUUUAGGAGGGAGGGGGGUGGGUGGGGUUCUAACUUUGAGUGACAUUUGUGAGAUUAAAUAAAUUAUACUUACUACAAUGAAAACAAAAAUUGAUGUGAAACAUUUAAUUAUAAUUUUUAAAGGAUUUUUUUGGAGGGGGGGGGGAGGGAGAGAAGAGGAGAGAGAUUUUUUGGUAUGCAAUAUUUUAGGAGGGAGGGGGGUGGGUGGGGUUCUAACUUUGAGUGACAUUUGUGCCAAAAUGGGAAUUGGGGGGAGUGAGGGUGUCAAAAAAUCUGCCAAAAUAGAAUGAUUUUAUUUAUGGAUGGCCCCCCCCCAAGUUUAAAAAUCUUUAUGAACAAAUAGUCAUUAAGAUUUUAAUGUUAGCAUUUUAAAAAUAAUCACUUUUUAGUAUCAUUUUUAGCUGCUAUUUUGUUCUAAGUUGAGCUUCAUUUAGAACGUUUAAAAGUAUUUUGUUUUAACAAGCUCGCUUUAGACUUAAUGAAAUCAAAUCAUGUCAUUAAUUCAAUAGAAGGGAAAAUCCAAGACAUAACUUUCUAGUGUUACCUCAAAAUGAAACAGCUUAAAAUUUUAGAUAUUAUACCUAAACUUAAUAACCCUGUUUUUUUGUCAAAAUGAGUGCAUUAGCUAGAUCAUGAGGUAAAAGCUAAUGCUUGUGUGAUACUAAAAGUGCGUUUGUGCUAAUUGUCCCAUCCUUUUGAAAUCAUAUCAGUGUUUUAUCAUUUUAAAUUUCUGUAUGUUUAACCAUCAUUUUUUGUCUUUAAAAAUCCUAACUAAAAUAAUAAAAUUAUAUAAAAAAAGCUAAUUAUCCUUUCAUCACAAGCCAACUAAGCAUGUACCACAAAUAUAUGGCCCAAUUUUCUUAAUUCAUAUAAUUUUUUAAUACAAUUUCUCCAUUUUUUUGUUUUUUAUUGUUUUUUUUUUGUUCUUUAAUUAUCUUAUUAAGCUUUUGGCCAGCACAUGAUAUUUAUACUUUUUCAGAGGUUUUACACCAAGUCCAGUUUAACUUUGGUAUGCUGGAAUUGCCUUUACCUCUCUUAAAGUCUUUACUCUGCUAGCACAUCCCUGAUUUUGUUCUGUUUACUUACCCCAGAAUACACUGAUCUCCAUGAGUAUUAAUAAUAAUAGCAUUCAGGAAGAAUAAUAAUAGCAUUCAGGAAGUUACAAUUCUGUUCUUAUAGCUAUUUUAUCAAAGUGGUUUAGUUGAGAGUAAAAAAACUAUUUAUUUAAUCUUUUUAUUCCAGCAAGUGACAUUCAUAUUGAAAAGGCAACCUUCUCUUUAUAGAAUCUAAAUUUAAAUUAAGUUACUUGAAGAUAUGUUAGAUAAAAAAAUAUAUAUAUAAUAUUAAGGCAUAAAAAAAAUGUCACAAACCCACACAAUUAGUUAACAUUGCACAGUUUUAUAUAAUUGUAAAAUAAUGAAUACAGUAAUUGAUAUAUUGAUUGCUUUUUAUCUUUAAGAAAGAUUCCUUUCUAUGUUACCUUUGUUCCCCAAGUUCUGCUCUCUCCCCACUAUGUAUAAAUUGAAAAAAUCUAUACCUCCUCUUAUGGGAUAGCUUAGCAGCUUUAUAAGUAAAAUAGUAAAUAUUCCGAAUCAGUAGAGAAAUGUCUAAAGGCUUUUACCUUUAUAUCUAAUUAUGUAAUUCUUGACAGGUUUGUGAUUUAAAAGAUCUAAAAACUGGCUUUCCCUUUUGUUUACCCCCAUCAAAGAAAAAAUAUACAAAUAAAUAUUUUAAUUGACACUCUAGCAGAAUAAGUAUCUUAAUAUUUUCUUAAAAAUGAAAUGAUAUAGAUAUUUAAAAACAUGUAUUGUCAGGUUCAUUAAAUAAUGGCAUAUCUUGUUUAUAAAUUAAAUUUAUGUAUUAUUAUAAUUUGUUUUAAAGUUAGAGAAUUCUUUUAAUGUGACUAAUAUUAUGUAAUUCCCAUAAUUUUUUUUUAUUGCCAAGGAUAUUAUUAGUCUCUCAUUUUCUUGUAUGUGUCUUUAAUAGUAUACAUACUUAUGGCCGGAUAUCUGCUCAUCUAAUCAUUUUACCCCUGCUUCAUCUCCUACUCCCACACCUUCUAAUCAUAGUUGUCAAUGUUCUGUUUUGCUUUUUUUAGCUUUCAAUAGCUGUUAGUUACAGUCUCAUAUAAUACUAAUCAAAUUUCUCUGAGUUAUCAACUUAUCAACCAUUGUUGGUCUGGACAAGGGAUAGGGAACAAUUUCUUUUUUGGAGGCCACAUUUAUUCAUCUUUAAUCCCAUAAGACCUUUUUCAAUUCACUUCAGUUAAAUAUACAUUAAAAUAAUGUGCCAUUGCUGACACUGAACCGAGUACUGGAUAUAAUUAGUAUAAUUAUAAGUCCACAAUGCCGGACUAUGCUUUAGUAAUCUUGUCUAAGUAUAUUAUACAUUUUAAAUAUGUAAAUAAAAUACAGUGGGGCCUUAGAACCUGAACUUAAUCUGUUCUAAAACCCCGAAAAUAAAAGGAUUUGUUCCGUUAAAUUGUAUUUGGUCAAAAGGCCACAUUUGGAGGCCUAGAAGCCUGCAGGUUCCCCAGCCUUGGCCUGGACCAUAAUCUAAAAGGUGUACUUAAAUCCCCUGCAAUUCUUGGGCAGCCUCCAUCCUCAUCCUCCCAAAAUCUUGCCAUGUUUACAAUAAAUAGUAACAUGUUAAACUGGUUAUCAGGUCAGACAUUAAAGCUUUAUGAACAUCAUAAAAAUAAUAAUAUCAGGCUAAAAGGUACAUGCCCGAAAUUUCCUCUGCAUCAGGUUGAUGAUAACAUCAUAAUAAAAUAAAAUUAAUAUUAAAUAUAGUUUUUUACGUUAUGUAUGACUAUUGUUUAUGAUGAACAUUAUUUUACUAAUAAAUUAGAAGAUGUAAUAAUACUCUUUAAAAUAUUAUCUAUAAUAUGUGCAUGCUUAUUUAUAUAUGUUAAAUGUUUGAUCCAUUGAAGACAUACUUGAUUUUAGACCUGCUGGAUUAAAUUAAAAUACUUUGUAAUUGUAAAACACAAAAAAUAAAUUUAGUUGCCUUGGCCUACAUAUUAAACUUUACUUGGUUUUUGCCUGAAGCACUGUUCUAAAAUGUGUUGGUUUUUUUACCUUAAUAUAUUUUGAAACAAUACAGGCUUGUAUAAUGAGAAUGACAUCGUUCAAAAACUUAACUUACAAAUUGUUUUAUAGCCUCUAAUCGAAUUAUCUUUGCUUUCUCUUGUUUUUAACUCUACCAAGUGUGCACUUUAAUUGUAAGUUAGAACUGAACAGGUUUGGUCAAAAUUUUUUAAUUAAUCAAUUGAAACACAGCACAUGCCAAUAUCAGUUGUGCUUUCAUUAAUCCUUGUAGAUCAGAGGAUCAUGUCAUGCCAACUUUUAUUGUUGUGUUAAUCUUAGACAUUUAUCAGCUUAGUCUCAGCUAUCUGAAGAUUAGCUUAGAACUUUCAUUAUUAGUUCUGGAUUUCUAUCUUGGUCAUGCAUGUGCUAUUCAUUUUGUGUGCCUUUAAAUUAACAUACAUUUGAGAAAAUUUAGCUUUCAGUGUUUUAUUGUGCAAAUAAGAUUGAAGAAUGCACAAGUUUUGCGGUUCUUUUUGUUAAUUAAAAUGGGACACAAUACAGUGUCCAGGAAAGACAAUGUUGCUAUAAAUAAUUUGUUCAGCUGAUGCUAUAGGACUUAAAUAUAUUUUUGGAUGAAAUGUUCUGAAAGGAAGAUAUUUAUUAAACACUGAAUGUUAUGAUACCUUGCAUUUUUCUAUCCCCUGCUUCAUUGUCUGGUGGUAGGUCUUCUGUGAAAAAGUUGAAACUAAUUUUUGUUGACCUGUUGUGAAAUAUAAUAUUAGUCAUUGUUAAUUAUUUCUCUAUUACUCUAUUUAUUUUAAAUAUUUUGGAUAAAAUGAAUAAAUAGUAUAUGCUGUGACUGACAUACUAAAUAAAUAAAUGGGUGUUUUUCUUGUUAAUUGCUAAUUUAUAAUUGUAACAAUUAUUUAAAAGAAUAGGAAGAUUUUUAAAAUAAAUUUGUAAAGCUGUUUUGAAAUGUGAAAUAAUAAAAUUUUCUUACUACUGUUCAUGAACAACAGAGAUGUUCAAGAUUCAAUAAUUUAUAAGGCGGUCACCCCAGCAACUUAAAAAUAUUAAAAAGUUAUUAAAACCUUUUUCCCUUUACUAGGAACCACUUGCCACCAGAACCAUGCCUUCUAUUUCUAUUCCUUUUUCUUGUAUUUUUUUAAAUAUUACAAUUUAUCAACUAUGCAUGUAUUCAACUAAUUGUAACAUAUCAAUAAAUAAUCAAAAUAAUUUAUUUUCCAUAACACUUAUUUACAUGUUGUUAGUCUUGCUAAUUUUAUUUUCACUUCUAGAGAAGAUCCCCAUUCAUUAUCGCAGCAAGAAGAAACCUGUAACACCAAUAACUUCUUAUGGCCAUGACCAGGGGCAUCUAACAGAAGAGGAUGAGAUUGGAACAUUUCCAGUUAGAGAAACCAGUUCAGGAAGCUCACAUAGUUAUGGGCACACCACACCAAAGCCUCAGAAAAAUUCUGCAUUCCUUCCUGGUAUGGAGAAUUCUCUGGUUGUGCUCUUAUCUGCUCAGUAUGAAUAAUAUUGCUAAUUAAACAAUACUUAGAGGGUUAAGUUAUAUGCUGCCAGUCUUUGUUUGCUGUUAUUUGGUUUUAAUGUGUUUUUUUUAUAUUAAUCAUUUUAUUUAUUUAAUUAAGGGAGUCUUUUAGGAGAUUGAAAUGAUUAUAUUUCAUUUUAAUUAACUGAUUUUUAACACCUUCUAUUUAACAUAACUCAUUAAAAUAUGCAUUAGUAGAAUAUUCAUUUAUUUAGAGGGCAUAAAUAGAAGUUAAUUGCUUUGCUUCCCCUUAAAAAAAACCACCUGUAUGUUUUCACACCUUUCACACCUGUAUGUUUUCACACCAAUUUGUAAAUAUUUUUCUCUUUUUUAAAAAAAUGUAUACUAAUAGUACUUUAACAUAUAUAUUCUAGUCUGUUGGAUAAUUUUUAAAAAUAUUUUAAAUUGUCUGUCUCAAUAAAUUUAACCACCUUUACUUACGAAGUCAGAAACACUUAUUAUUUAAAUAUUUUAAGCCAAAUACAAAGUUUUAGAAUCAUUUGAAGUCAUGAUUUUGAGGAGCCAUAGUGCAGAACAGUAUUUAUAUUUGUAUUAAUGAACCCUAUGCAGGAUUCUACUACUUGGUGCUCAAAAGCAACAGUCAGCUCUUCAGUUUUUUAAUUGCUCAGAUCUGUAAUUCUCCUGAGAUUGAUGAAAUAUUUCAUAUAUUUACAAAGCUAUUUCCCGUCAGUUGUAACUCUCUAAUUAUUAUAUUACAUUAUUUAUAAUAAUUGUAUAAAUGACAACAUUGUUAAUCAAUUAUUAUUUAUACCAAUUUUAAGUGUUUUGUUUUUAUCUGAGCAGAAUCUUUUUAAAAAAGAUUUCUUACUUUUCCAACAUCUGGAAGUUCAAGAGUAGGCCUUAUCACAAAAAAAAAGGAUCAUGAGCCAAUAAAUUAUUGAUACUUACAGGGGAUAUUUCCAUUCAUUGUUUGAAGUCACUAAUCACAACAGGUGUGUUAGAAUAUUUAUUUGUAUUUUUAUCAAUAUAAUUUUUAGAUAUUUUGCAAUAUUAUUUUUUUUAAAUUAAGAAUAUACUUAUUUCAAUUACUUUUAGGUGACAGUGUAAUUUUUGCUGAAAAUCCCACAGCUCCUGGCGUUCCUGUUGUGUACAGAACGCCUGAGGAAAGAGCAUCAAACCCUGACAGAUUGAAUCUGGACAGGUCAGUUGGCCUUGAUUUUACUUAGUGUCAGAGCAAACCUUUCAUUCUAUUUCUGAACAAUAAUUAACACAUGCCGACAAAAAAAAAAGCUUUUUUCUUGGUGUCUUGAGUUUUGGGUCUGUUCCUAAGUGCAAUUUGCAGCAUUUAUUCUGAAAAUUGCAUCAAAUUUAUCAGAAUAGCUCCAGUUUUUUAGAUAGUGUUGAAUUUAUAAUAACUUAGUUUUCUCUAUAUACUCAUUGCAAGGUCAAUUUUGCCAAUCAUUUUGCGAUAUCAUUAAAAAAUUUAACGGAUAUUUAAAUGAAAAAUAUAUGUAUUUAUGUUACCAUUAGUUUGUUUGUGUAUACAGAUAUUUUUUCACUUUAUUUUUAUAAUACGCAUUUCCCUAAAAUUGAUAAGUGCAAGGGACAAACUGGACUUUGUCCUGCUCUAUUAAAUAAUUAUGGGCAAAAUAUUUAGAUGUCUAAGAAUGAUCUUAGACUGCAUAAAUUUUAAUUUCUAAAGAUUUCCAGCCUGAUCUUUCUUACACAGCUGGAUGUAGAUUUUAUUUUCAGCAUGUAGAAAAUCUGUAGUGAGUUUGAAAAAUAAGUACAUAUAUAUUAUUUGGUGCCAAGAUUAGAGUUCAAGAGAAGCCAUGGGCUCCACAUAUUGUAUGCCAAACGUGUUAGGAGAUAUUUAUCCAGUCUACAAAUGCUUGCUUCUGUGAUGAAACGAAACUAAACAUUAAAAUUCCGAUACAAAGAACGCACACACCCCCCCAACACCCCCCCCCCUACUUUUUUUUUUUGGGUGUGUUUUAGUAUGAGUUAUUCCUCCUGUUGUUAUUGCCUUAGUUGGCACACUGAGCUUGAUGAACCAUGUGUAAAAUGUGCGUAAAAAUCCCACCCACUAUGCCAUAAAUGAGAUAACUCAUGGAAAAUUUUGAUCACACUUAUAAAAUUUACUUUUUUGGUCUUGAUCAAAUGCAUGAUUGAGUUGAGCCAAUGAUAAAUUAUAUAACCCUAAUCAUAUAUAUCAUGGUAGAAUAAAGAAACGAUCUUCCUAGAUCAUCACGCUAUAGUGACCACAUAGUUACUUAGUGAGACGGAAGUCAGCUAAUCUAACCUAGUGAGUAGAUCAAGCCAUCGAUUUCAAUCAUUUUAUUUUAAUGUAUUUUAACACCAUGUCUUUAAAGUUUAUAGUUUUGAUCAUUUUGAUCUCCGAUCAGUCUUUUAGGAAUAAAUAACUACAAUCAUUGUGUUUGCCAUUUAAUAUGUAUAUUCCCCACGCCGAACAUGCAUGACGAUUUUUAGAUUUUGUUAUCUCAGAGCUUCAUCCCAUCUUAAAGAUAGUGAUGUAGUUUUAGAUAAUUGUUAAUCCACACCACUUGUUAAUAAGACAUCAGGAUAUACUAUAUUAAUAUAAGCAUUAUUUUAUAAUAAUUGUGUAAUUAUAAUUUAGAAAAUCUUUUGCAUAAUGUUGAUUAAGCCAUUUGCGCUGGAUGUGGUAAGGACACACAGUGUUAUCCAUCCACUGGCUGUUUAUGUUCAAGCUCAUGCUUGUUGGAAGGGCACCUGUCAUCUUAUGAAAAUUAUAAAAGUUUGCUUCCUUCCUUUUUCUUACAUCAUUUCACAUAUAUCCUGAUUUUUUAUAUUGCUGUAUUGCCGUAGUGCAUAGAACCACCCCACCUUAGCAGCUAGAUUGAGGAUACUUCCUAAUGCCAGAUUCCGAAGACUCUGCCCAGUGUUUCACAUCCACAAAACCAAUCCGUUAGCCUGCAUCAAAUAGGAUUGUGUGUUGCAAGAACACAGAUGGUAUGUCCACAUGCCACAACAUACAGCUAGAAAGUCUAUUCUACAGUAUACUGCUGUGGUGUCCACUUUCAUUUCCUCUCGUUGUGCCCUGCAUGAUUUCUUUGGCAAGCCCUUGUUUCCUUGUCACAUGGCCAUACCAAUGCAGUUUGCGCUUUUUUAAAGUCACCAGGAGGUCAUCGUACUGCCCAAUUGCCUGAUGAACCCUUUCUUUCACUUGAUCAUUGGAGAUGUAGUCUCCAUAACACAGCCGUUCUCAACCUGUGGGUGGCGACCCCUUUGGGGUCGCCUAAGACCAUCGGAAAACACAUAGAUCUGACUACUCAGAUAUCCUUGCUAUUUAAAACUUUUGUGAUAUUAGAGCGCAACAUGAAAAUUUGGCAAGAAAAGAUUGGCAUUUGUGGGAAAUAUCGGGGUUUGAGGAAAAUGUAAACAAUUAAGCUUUAGUAACACAAGAAAUAAUCAUUCUACUGCAAAUAUAUAUGUAAACACUGCCUACUUGAUAAGGCAGUUUGUAAAUGCUUGGAAUAAAGCCUUCAAUGCACAUCAAAUAUGGGCUUAUAACAAAGAACCUGAAAGCUUGAAUUUUGAUGAUCAUUAGAUAAGUAAAUGUAUUAACUCUUGUUGUGAAAAAAUUUAUUGUAAUCACUUAGAUUGUUGUCCAGAGAACCUUAAGCAAAGAGUGAAGUGAAAGAUUUCACCAUUAAAAAUGCAUGCACUGGCAGCCAGAUACCAAGGUAGAGGGAAUGCGCAUAUAAUGGAGAUUUUUGUUGGAAUCUUAUUUUGGGGUUGACCUGGAAAAUCCUACCUUAUGAAGUCUAAUGAAAAGACCUUCAUUUGUGCAGAAUUUUAAUAAAAAGUCUCCAGUAAAUCUGUUUCUUUGCUUUUGGUAUAAAAUAAGCACAUUUUCAUGUGGCACACUUUUCUUCAAAUAAUUAGUACAAUGCUUUACGCUUAAAAAUCAAAUACAAUCAAUAUCUCACAAACUAGAGCUGAAGGGGAAAACUGAUGGCAUUUUUUAGAUCAAAUAUACCCUGACACAAGUCUAAAAAUUGAGGCACCAAAUUUUGUGUUGGGCAGUGUAAUCAUUAUGAUUAUACGACUUUUUUUUCAUUAUCCUAACUUGUAGAAAAACAAAAUUAAUAGCAUUGAAAAAUAAAAUUAUUUUCGUAAUCCAUUAUUGUGCACAUUAAACAAAAUCAGAACUUUUAAAAAUUAAUUUAUAUAAGAUAUAUAAUUCUGAAGAAAGUUUGAUUUUUAUGUUUCAGGAGAAAAUUAACACUAUGCCCAGUUUUAGAAGGAGAAGAGCAGCUGCGCUUGUUGAAUUAUCAACAUAAUUUCAUAACACGAAUACAGCAUUUGUCAUCUCUCAAGAGACUCAUUUUUCUUGAUCUGUAUGAUAAUCAAAUUGAGGAAAUGUCUGGAUUGUCUGCAUUAAAAUCACUUAGGGUUUUGAUGCUUGGAAAAAAUAGGCAAGUUUGUUUCUAAUUUUGUAUUAAAUGUCAUUUUAAGUUAGAAGCAUUACACAAUGUGUAUUUAUUAAAUUUAGAUGUUUGUAUGUUUAAGAUUUCUCUUUUUAACUUAAUUAUUUCUGCAUAAGAAACAAUUUACUGUACUUUAUUGGACAAGUUGAAUCUACUAACUGAUUUUAAUAUGGAAAACUUAAGAAUUAUUCAUUCUUGAAACUUGUUUUUUUAAAUUAAAUCUGAAACAAGUAGAUCCUACUUAUUGGCCUAGGAACCAAUGAUAUUUUUCAUUUAACUAUGCAUAUGUGGCUUAAAACUAAGUAAAAUGAAGAUUAAAUGUAUUUAAUUUAUUCUGCAGUAUUGGUAAUGAUUAUCAAAAAGUAGACAAACUGUUGGAUACAUUUUUAAAUAUUUCAGUCAGUAACUAAUAUUAUUAAUUGGUGCUCAGAAUUGUGUCUUACUAUACUCAACUAUAUGUCAUUUUUAAAAUUUUAUAAAUGAUGUAACACUCUAAACUGUCAUAUGUUUUCUGUGGUUAAAGUAUGGAUAAUAAAGGAUGUAAGUGAACACAAUUAAUCAUUUGUGACUAAUAUGUAUAACAUUGAUGUUAUUUAUUACAAUUUAGCUCAGCAGUUUUGAGAUUUCUUAUGUGUGUUUGACUGAUUUUUGUAUUGUUUUUUCUGUACUGGAUAUCCACCAUGGACCACUACUUUGAUUCGGAUAUGUUUUGUGUCCCUCCUAACUUUGGACUUUUGUUGUUUUGGAUUUUCUUUGUUGCAAAGGUUAGUGAGAUUCACCGCCUACACGGUCGGCCAUCUUUGUCGGCACCACGCUCAUCGCUCGGUCAAGUCGACGUUACGGUCAGUGACACACGCAGCCCCCACGGCGGUAACCGACCUGAGCUUGCAUACACACGUGAUCGUCUUUUGUCAAUGAAUGCCAAGCGUACGCAUCUGACCGCUGACCUCGUGUGUCGACUGAAAGAGCUUUUGAUUGGUCGAGGCCUGCCUCGGAAGCGCACCCACCGUGGUGGUAGACGAAAACAACAACAACUUGUCACUCAUUCUUUACCAAGACCUACUCUACACUACUCGGACCCUGCCAACCUCAUUCACAUCAAAACCUCUCCACGUUCUAUCAACAAACAACUUCUCAUUGCCACAUUCAACGCCCAGUCGCUUGGCCCCUAUGAGAAACGAAUUGCAGUCUCCGAAUUUGUCUCUGAUAGGCAGAUUGACAUUCUGUUUAUCCAGGAGACCUGGUUUCGGCUGACUGGCGAUGAGGGGAAGUGCACCGAUCUCGCUCCCUAUGGCUAUUCUGCCAGAUCAUUUCCCCGUUCAACUCGCGGCGGAGGCCUUGCUAUUAUAUAUAGAGACACGUUGUCCCAUCAUACAGCUUUUGUCACAGACCUCCCAUUCGUCCACACGUCUUUUGAGGUAGUUCAAUUUACACUGUCAGUGCCCCAGCAGACAGUUCAUUUCAUGUGCAUAUAUCGCACCUUCCCUAGUAAGAAAAAUAAAUUGACCGACUCAGUGUUUCAUCGAGAAUUCCCGGAUUUGAUUGACCACUGCAACACAUUGACCGGGACUUACAUUGUACUAGGCGACAUGAACUUCCAUUUUGAUCAACCACAGCACCCCUCCACUGCUAGGAUGUUGGAUCUCUUGGAUUUAUUCAGUCUUCACCAAUCGGUCGACCAACCGACUCAUAAUCGUGGACAUAUUCUUGACUGGGUACUACAUAGGCCUCAAGAUGGUGUAGUUAGAUCUACUUCAAUCACACAAGAGCUGUCCUCUGACCACUUCUGUGUUAUUUGUGAACUUAGUGUUAGUGCCCCCAACCCUCCCCCUCAGUUUAGGGAGGUGCGCAGUCUGCGAGCUAUAAACAGGGAUGCAUUUAAGCAUGACCUAAGCGUAGAAGUGUCCCCUGCCCUCUGCCCUACAUUGGAAUCACUAGACCGUGCAUUGCGCGCUGUGCUUGACCGGCACGCCCCUGUCACCCGCCGCAAUUUUAGUCUAAAGCGGUCAUCUCCCUGGUAUGCGACCAUCAAGGAGGAACUACGCAGUGCCAAGAAAGAGCGCCGUAGUGCAGAAAAGAAGUGGUUAAGGUCAGGUCUUGUGGUUUUUAAGCAGAUAUUUUACGCUGCCAAGAAGCGUGUCAAUCAGAUUGUUUGUCGUGCAAAGACUACGUAUUUUAGCCAAAAGAUAACUAUGGGUAAAACCAGCAGGCAGUUGUUUGAUGUUUGUGGUCACCUUAGGGGGAGUAACAAAGGAACUGCGCUUCCUUCGGUGUUUCCCCUGCCCAAGCAACCAGAUAUUUUCUGUAAUUUCUUUACAAGCAAAGUAGCUGACAUUCGAGCUGAGCUUGAUCGUCUUGAUGCCCCUCCCCUUGAAUUGCCUCCUUUCCCUUGUCUUACUUCCCAUUUUAAUAUUUUUAAACCUGUUUCAGAACUUGAGGUAAAAAAUAUAAUCCUAAAAUCUAAACAUACGUCAUGUUAUUUGGAUCCCAUCCCAACCCCCCUGUUGGUUGAGUCAUUAGAUAUCUUGCUCCCAACAAUAACCCGCAUAAUAAAUGAAAGCUUAUAUUCUGGCACUGUUCCGCCUCUUUGCAAAUCAGCUGUCAUCAAACCAUUGCUUAAGAAGCCCGGUCUGGAUGAAAAUAAUUUAAAAAACUAUAGACCUGUAUCUAACUUAUCAUUUUUAUCUAAAGUUAUUGAAAAACUAGUCCUAAAACAACUUUUUGCUUACUUAAAUGAUCACUCUCUUCUCAGUUCUAAUCAGUCGGCCUAUAGACAUUUCCAUAGCACGGAGACAGCUCUCUUGAGAGUCAGUAAUGACCUCUUGCGCGCAAUGGACAGCGGUAAUGUCUCCAUUUUGAUCCUCUUAGACCUCAGUGCGGCCUUUGACACUGUUGACCAUGAAAUCCUUUUCAAAACCCUUGAAAACUACUUUGGAAUUUCUGGUUCGGUUUUGGCUUGGUUUAGGUCCUACCUCUCUGAUAGAACGCAAAUGGUCUCUGUCGAUGGCUGUCUCUCCGGCAGUGCUGAUUUGGUGUACGGAGUGCCACAGGGGUCCGUUUUGGGUCCGGUUCUAUUCAUAAUGUAUACCAGACCACUACUCCUCUUGCUCGGGAGGCAUGCUGUUGAGAACCAGUCAUUUGCAGAUGAUACGCAGCUAUACAUGCAUACCCAUCCAUCUCUUGUCGAUUCCGCUGUCCAGACUUUGCGGGGGUGCAUUGAUGAUGUCAAGUCUUGGAUGACACUCAGCAAGUUGAAGCUUAAUGAUGACAAAACAGAAGCACUCCUCAUUUACAAUCACAAAUCAUCCUCUACCUCAACUCUUCCCACCUCAUUUCAAGUAGGUAACUCCGACAUACAGUUUACACCCUCUGCUAGGAAUCUUGGUUAUAUUCUUUCUAACAACAUGUCUCUCGAUAAACAUAUCUCUCACAUUUGUCGUUCGGCAUACACCGCCAUCCGUCAGAUCAGCUCCAUCCGCCACUACCUGACAGUUAGCGCAACAAAAACUCUAGUCUGUGCUCUUGUUCUCUCUCGUCUUGAUUAUUGCAACUCACUUCUGUCAGGUUCACCGAAACAUUUUAUAGAAAAACUGCAGAAAGUUCAAAACUCUGCUGCUAGGCUUGUUCUUAAGGCAAAAAAACGUGAUCACGUCACUCCACUACUCCACUCACUACAUUGGCUCCCUAUACAGGCACGCAUUGACUACAAGCUGUCUCUUCUCUGUCACAACUUUUUCUCGGAUUCCUGCCCUUCCUAUCUAACUGAACUUCUUUCUGUCUAUUCACCCCUUCGACAACUUCGCUCCUCCGCAGACUCGCGUAUUCUGUCCGUUCCCAAGACACGCACUAAAUUAUAUGGUGAACGAUCUUUCUCUUUCUGCGCCCCCAAACAAUGGAAUUCUUUGCCACUACACAUCCGCAAUAUAACAACCACACAGGCCUUCAAAACUGCACUCAAAACACAUCUAUUUAAACUAUACUACUCUGACUGAUUCUCCUCCUAUAAACCGAUAAACGUACAUGGGUUUCCUUGUAAAAAUGUCUGGUGUGGGUGGAUGAAUAGACCUAUGGUGUUGUUUUGCUUAUAUGUUGUUUUUAUUUCAUUUAUGUAUUUUAUUUUAAUAUUAUGAUUAUGCCUCUUUGCUAUAUUUAUGUACAGCGCGGUGAGCCCAGCCCUAGGCCGGGGUACCGCGCUAUAUAAGACCACUUAUUAUUAUUAUUAUUAUUAUUUACAGAUGUAUUUUAAUCCAAUUUUAUAAAUUACAUGUGGCUCUUUCUAAAAAAGAUGUUAUUGCUAAGUUAGUGUUAUAAAGAUGCACAUUUAAUAUUUUCAUUCUCAAAACCAAAUAGAUCUUCAGUGGGAAAUCUUUUUUCCAAAAGAGCCAUUGUCGUGGCCAGUAAAAAGUCAAAUUUGCCAUACCAUACAUAAAUCGUGAAAUACUACUACUAAAUAGCUGCAAAAAGUAACAGUCAAUAGACCAGUUUUUAAUCUUUAAUAAAAAUGCUAUUGUAAAACUAACACUUUAUCACAUAUACCUAAGAUCAGCUGGAUCAGGGCAAGUUCUUUCUUUUAAAGUUAGACCCCAAAGAUUUAAAAAUUCUUUUCUUUCCCAGUCCGUACAAAAUUACUAGUGUGCUCCCCCAGCGGUUACCAAUUCUAAAUGAUCAAUAAUUAAGUCAUAAUGAAGUCAUUAUUUUCACUAAAAGAGUUCAUUGAUGGCUGAUUACUAUUCUAGAGAAAUACUUUAGAUGACUUAUGUUUAAAUUUUUAUAAUUUAAAAUGUCUUGGUUAAAAUAUGUAUUUAUUUAUGUGCUUAAAAUAAAUAUGUCCAAUUUAAUCAAAAAACAUUUCCAUUUAUUUGGAUCAAAACAAGAAUCUUAUCAUAUAAGUAUGCACACAUAUUCAAGAGCUUACUUGUCUUAUUGGAUGCUUAAUGUUAAUUAUUUAAGAGAAUAAAAUUCUAUAAAACAUUGAUAUUUUAAGAAUAAUUUUAAAUUGUGCUUACAUUUUUUACUUUAAAAUAAUUUUUUAAGGGGCAAAACCAAAUAAACCACGCUUAAGGGGUCCAUUCACCACAUGUCUCGUUUGACAAUAUGCUUUCCCUGGAAAAUGAUGUUGUGUGCAUGAUUCUGUAAAGGAGUAAAGCUUUCAAAGGGUAUUUUAAAAUUAUUUCUUCUUCUCCUUAACAGAAUAAGAAAAAUAGAAAAUCUGGAUACUUUGUUAAAGCUUGAUGUCCUUGACUUACAUGGCAAUCAGGUUUGUUGCAUAAUUUUUUUAAAAAUUCUCAUCUUUUAAACAUAUAAAUGACUUCAUUUCGCUUCAUAUAUAAGGAAGGCAUUUAAGUUCUAAACAUUAAUAAACAAAAAUACAUAAAGGCUAAUUUGGCUAAGACAUAGUCUGGCCUCACCAUGUUAUGUACAUUAUGGAUAAGGCUUGGGAAGUAAGUAGACACUAAACACCAACACUUUUCUGAUAAUAUGUUGCCUACACUAAAUUUCCAUAGGAUUUUCUGAAUAAGAAUUAACAUGUUAAUAAUGAAAUUAAAAUACAUGAAGAAACAUGGAUGUCAAAGAAAACUUUUAGUACGGCCCACAUCUAAGUAAGGUACUCUCCUUGUCCACAUCAAAUCUUUACUAUUUAGACCUUUCCACGAAAACUUUUUCAACAUCUGACUUUUUCUAUUUUUUGACAUAGGAUAAUAUAAUUUUAUUUGGUUAUAAAUCAUUCAUUAAGUUUUACAGUUAUCAGCGAUUAUGAAGAAUAUAAUAUUCCUUUCAGAUUUCAAAGAUUGAGCAUUUAAAUCAUCUAUCUGAGUUACGCGUGCUCAAUCUAGCUGGCAAUAACAUCACAUUUGUGGAUGAACUCACUGGACUUGAUUCACUAGCUGAGCUCAAUCUCAGACGCAACAAAAUUCGAAAUGUGGUGCGUAUGAAAAGGUGUUUUUUUCUGUCAGACAUAUAAAAAUAUUAUUUUAACUGUUAAAGCAUAUUGUAGAGAGAAUUAUAGAAAUUUUUGUAAGUUAGCUUUAAGAGAUAUAUAGUGCUGCUUCAUUUAAAAUAUUUUGAAGCUACCGUUAUGUUGCUUUAGCCAUUGUCUUUUUUUUUCCCAUUUCAUGAUUCAAAAGACUGAGAUAGAUAUGUUGCCUAAUUUGCAGAGACUGUUUCUAAGUUUCAAUGAGAUCACAAGGUAGCGUCCUGUUGAUUCCAUUCAUAUAAUCAUUGUCAUUAUUUUGUUGCUUGUUUUUGUGUGGUUUGUCUAUACAAAUAUUUUACUUCCUGUCAGUUACUGCUAAUUAAGUUGUUCUUGAACAUGUUCAUCUUUACAUUAUUACAUUAUAAUUCUCUGGGUAUGAAAAAAGUAUGAUAUAACAGUGAGUUCAGUAGCGCACAAAAUAAAUUUCCCAAUAAAUGCACUAAAUGAGAUUCUUAAAAAUACAGCAAGUGUUUGGUGUUUAAUAUUAUAUCUUCUUUUGUUUCAUGGAAAUAGUCUCAAUUUAAUAUGGUGUAAUAUAUCUGCGUGUUAAAGGGGUGCGACUUUAGAAUAUUACAUGUUUUCAGGGGCAUGAAUGGGGGGGGUUGUCAAGUAAGUUUAGUAAUUGGUAAGUUCAUGCAUUACCACCACCAUUAUUUGGUGGGUUAUAACUAGUCUUUGUUUAUACAUUUAUUUGUGUUUGUCAAUAUUUAUUUUGUUUACUUUACAUUAUUUAGUAAAAUGUAAGAUGAAGUUUUUCUAUAACAUUUAAAUAAAAAGAAAUUGAUUCUUAAAUCUAUAGCCAAAAAUAUCUGCCAUAAAGCACAAGAUUUCAUGAUGAUGUAAAGCUGAUCAUAAAGAACAAAAUCAUGGGCAACAUUAAUAAAUGCCGUUUAAUAAAAAUGAAUUUCCAGUUAGAGUAGGAGAUCAUUUUACUAAAGUGUUCUCAUGUGACAAAUGUUAACCCCUAUAUAAUAGACACAGUAGAUCAUUUUAUUGAUUUUUCUAUAAUAUUUCUUAAGAGCAUAGUUUUUCAUUCACAAGAACAAUUCAUCAGAUCUUGAGGUAGUUAAUCUUGUCCAAUGAACUGUAACAUUUAUUCUCAUACCUUACGGUGGUGCUUCAUUGUUGGACAUUAUUGGCUUAGACACUGCAUUCUUUAUUCCCAUUAGUUUUAAGUACAAAAGUUGUUAACCUAAAUUUAAGAUUGAAGUGUUCAGUUUGUUGUAUUAAUCUACAUUCUUUUAGCUCCUUCACAAAAUCUCCUCGUUAGAUUUUGAUAUUGUGUGGAAAUAUUCAUUGAGCCUUAUGCUAAGGAGGAUUUAAUUUCAACUUUUUAAAAAUGAGAUACAUGUUCAUUUACUUUAGUCCCAUUUUGUUGGAAGUACACUAUCUGGUUUAGGUAAAUUUUAUGCAGUUCGUGCAACAUAAGGAAUACAAUGGAAAUUUCUAAAGUUAUUAAAAAGCUAUAGCUCUUUAAACAGAAUUCUGGCAUUUCUGUAAACCAUGUGGCACUAUCGCCACUUUCGCAGUAAGAUAGCAACCAGCUCUAAAGAUAUGUAAGUCAUUCUUAAGAGUGUGUCAUUUUAUUUUUAGUAAUGCCCUGUAAUGACAUGCUAAGAGUAUAGAAUUAUCAUAGAGAAAAAUUCAUAGAGGAAUACCAAAUUAAAAUCUUGAAUCAGUUAUUUGGUAGGCUUCAUUCUUCCCCCAAGGCUGCAUUUUUAAAAUUAUUUUUACAAGAAAUAUUAUCUUUUGUUUAAGUCUAAACUAUCUAAGUAGACUCAUCUCUCCAAUUUGUUUAAAUUUUGUAAAUAAUAUUAGCUUGUUGAGACAUAUAUAAUGUAACAUCAAUUUUCUGGGUAAAAGGCAAACGUUUGUGCUCCAAAUUUUGUUUUUAAAAUAUUUUACUAGUUUUGAAGAUGUCCAGUGUUUAGGAGAUUCAACAAGCCUUUCAGAAAUUUCAUUGGAUGGAAACCCAAUAUGUCAGGACUCAAACUACAAACAAAUGGUGCUGCGCCAAAUGCAGCAGUUGAAACAGCUGGACAUGAAGAGAGUAACAGUAAGUUAAAAUAAAUAGCUUUACCAAGAAAACCUAACAGUGUUGUUAACAUUGCAGUGCUGUAGUAAAUCUUGAUAUUGGUACACUUAUGAAAUUCUAAAGCAGUGCUGUCUAACCUACAUGGGACAAAAAAAAAAUUUCUUGGAACCUAAGGGCCACAAAUGACAUCUAAAAAUAAAAUGAUUCCUGUUAUUAAUCCUUCUUACCUUAUGCAUAAAGAGUAAUAUAUCCAAUAGCAGUAUCGGCUCAGCAAGAAUAUAAAUAAAGUGUUUAAAAGCUGUAGUCAUUUUUAAUGACAUAUUUUGCUUUGACUUGUACUUGCAGUUGUUUUAAUUUGAGGUAGUUAUCAGUGGCACUUGCCCUCAUUGGAUUUUAAAAUGUUUACCAAUGAAAGCGUUACGUUUUUCGACUUAAUGUUGUUCAUUACAGAGAAUCCAGCCUCACUAAUUUAGGGUGCUUCCAAAAACAUUGUCAAAAUUUUGUUACAACAUUUGCAUAGUUGUGGAAAUUCAUUAGAAGAAACAUGACAACCAGAAUUAUUUGGCCAAACAUUCUGAUGUUUUUUUAUUAAAAAAAAAAUACUUUCAAGAAUCGUUCCUACUGUCUUUCAUAAUUCCUCCCUAAUUGAAUUAUAUUAACUACAAACAAUCACAGCAUGUAUCCUGCUUUCUACACAUUGAAACUCUUAUACUCCGAUCUCUGAAUACGAGUUACUUGUCCCCAACAUCACAACAAUACAAGAGAUACCUUUUUUGGUGACCAAAAAUGCUGCACUUCUAAAAGUGCACCCCAAAGUGGAACAACCCCUCCGUACCCCUCUUCCUGCACCCCUGCUUGUAGAAUCAUCAUACUACUGCGUCUGUGGCUUUGCUCCCUCUCCGCAUAUGCAUAUUUUGCAUCAUCUAGGUCAGUGCUGUCUAAAUAUUUGUUUAAAUAACAUUGGUGCCAUUGAUGUUUAACUUCAUAGUCAUUCUAUUGUGACACCUUUAGUACCCCAGCUCUCAUCUCAAUCACUCUGACCUAAAGACUUUCCUGGCAGUAGUUAAGUCACUGUGCUCACCUAUCUAUAUCAUCUAACUUAGUACCAUUGGUGGGGGCACGGAAAAUUUUACAAUAACCAAAUAGCUACACAUCAAGUUACUUUUGGUUUCUCUAUUCAUCUUUCCCAAUUCCAUCAGUAAUUAUACCCGAUUCCUCCCCUGUACAAGCAAUAGAAAGAAGGCGCAGAUUAGUAUCCGAUUUUAUGUCACAAGGUUCCCAAACGGUUGCUCUGCUGAUGUGCUUAACAUAAAUAACUGCUUCCUGUCAAGUCAUUUGACUCCUUAGCUUUUGUAACUCAUCAUUUUCCGUGUUACAACUUCUCCUGCGCUCUCACAUGAUUUUCCAGGAAUUCUUAAUCAAUGAAGGAGGUUUUAAAAUAUUUUCACCCAAAAGUGUUUUAUUUUUAACACACAGCAUAAAAAUGUCUCAAGCUGUGGUGGGCCAUUUAAAAUCAGCUCGUGGGCCGCAUGCAGCCCGUUGGACAGCACUGCCCUAGAGAAUGUAGUUCAUCUCCAAACAUGCCCUCUAAACUCUUUAAAUUUUAUUUAUCAUAAAAAAUAAUUUUUAUUUUUUAAAUUACUUACAAGGAAGAGGAACGUAGAUUGUCACUUGUCAUGGCCAGAAAAGAAGAGGAAAAGAGACGAGAAAUGAAUAAAAUUGCUAUGUUGAAGGUAGUGUUGAAUUGUGUGAAUUAGAUAUUUUCUACCCAUGUUCUCAUGACUGGUGAAGACAUUUUAAAAAUUAAUAUACAACACAAUUAGGAGCAAUAUAAUAAUAUACUUUUUUUUCUUUUGUAAGCUGAAUUUAGUAAGGAAAUACAUGUAGAAUUUUCACCUUUGCAAAAUUUAAUGCUAAGAAAACAAUUUGAAUUUUUUGUAUAUCAUCUGCCAGGAGAAACGGAGAAUAGCUAUAAAUAAUGCCAAACGUCAAUGGGAAACUAUGCAAGGAUCAAUGAUGUCCAGAACAUCAAGACUUGUAAAAAUCAACAGUUCCAUGCCAGAAUUGUUUGCCAACCAUAUUGGCUCUAUUCCUAAUAUAGAGAUGACACCAUCACCUGUAGGGGAAGGAGAUAGGCUUGAUGUAGAAUCUCUGACCAGGUACUAUUACAUUAGCUCACUUUAACAAGUUGUCACUCAUUUACUAAAAAACUAGACGUUAUAAAACUAUGAAUCAAUUUUUUAAUGUUACAACCCCAUUAGUGGAACUUGCAAUUUCUACAUAUGUAAAGUAAAUUAAUAUCAAAAGAAUUAUUUGUAAAAUAAACAUGUCAUAAGUUUUUCAAAAUCUAAGAAUGGAUGGGCAUUUAAUUGCAACACUAACAAAGAAAUAAUUAACUUAAUUGUGUGACGGAUCCUUAAGUCAGCCCAUGAAAGGAUAAUAAAUUAAAUCCAUAUUGCAACUUAGUACAUCUUAUAUUUUAGAUCAGGGGUGGGAAAGCUAUGAUUCAUGAGCAAAUUGUGACUCGCUCCUCCGCUUUGAAUGGCUUGUGUUCCCUUUAAAAAAAACUAAAUGAUCAUAAAAAUGGAGGCAAAAACGUCUAAAUUUUUAAUUGCAGAUGUCACUUCUAUAUGGGGGUAAACCAAACACACGCCCCCUUCACCAUUUAUGGCUCCCAUGCCUCUGUUACAUCUUGAAUCUGGCUUGCAACUACAAAAGUUUGCCCACCCUGUCUUAGAUCAUAAAAUAUAACAUGCAGUAUAAACUCAAUAAUAUGUACAAGGGUUAUCUAGACAUUUAAAAAUCUGGAUUGUUUUAUAUGAUCCAGGGUUGUACUAUGUGUAUCUAUUUGGUAAGGGAAGGAAUCAUUGCCACAAUGGCAUUACAUAUCAGAUCAGGUUCAAAAGCAAGCCCAUUGCAAAAACCACCACACAAAACUUUGAUGUUAAGGAUCAUCUGCUGUUUAUAAAAAAACGGGUCUGACAGUAAAAUUGAAAACUUUUUAUUUCUCGUGGAAUUCGUAAUUUGUCAUGUUAAUAGUAUAUAUAUAUAUAUAUUUAUAUCUUUUGGAUCAUUUUAUUUUCAGUCUUUUAUGUUUAUUAAAGCCAAUAAUGAAAUAAAAUGUAUGCUCUAUAACAAAAGUGAUAAUAUUGUUAAAACAUUGCAUGUAAAUAAAACAUCAAAUCUGUUAUUAAAAUUAAAAAAUUCCAUCUAGAUAUCUAUUUUCUAGCAGUGAUAUCAGAAGUAGGCCUGGCAGUGCACGCAGUAAUCUCACUGACCCAGAAAAUUCAAUGGAUGAACAUUCAAGAAGUGGUAGCCGCAAACGAGAGCCAAGAUUUCCCCCUCGUGAGACUGUAAAAGAUGUGACUACUGUGUAUGUAUUAUUUUUAAAAUCAUGAGAGAUUGUGACUAAAUAUGGAAUAAAUGAAUAAUGAAAGUGUUGAUGUUUAAUAGGGAACAUAUUAGCUUCUUGAUUCCUACCUAUUUUGUAGUAAGAAAUGGUUAGAGUUAUGGUUGCAUUUCAAAAAGUUAAAAUUUGCUGGUUUGUAUUUUUAGUUGUGUCAAAACUAUUGUUUCAAAAAUUGCUGAGGAUGUUGAUGAAUUCAAUUUAAUGAGUUGUGUGGCUGCUACUUGGGUGAUAUUUUAUCAUUUCAGCACGGUCAAACACUUCUCUUCUCAAACCUUGACAAGUUUCAAAUAAAUAAAAUAUAAUAAAGAAACUCAAUCUUUUGUUAUUAAUUAAAUAGAAAGUCCUGUAUUUUUAAGCUAUAUGGAGUAGGUAAUGAGUUUUAAGUAUGGAAGAAGUUUUUUUUACAUUAAAUUUUAAAAAUAGUAUUAAAACUGCAUUUGCCAAUUUGACAUACUACCUUGAUAAAUUGUACAUGUCGAAGUAAAAGAAAUAUCUACACAAAUUCACAAGUUUUAUUUUCUUCUUUAGGAACCAUAAUACAAUAAUUGGAGAUGGUUUGAACAUGCUAGAGCAGAUUGAAGGGGACACUUUGUCCUUGUAUGGUGCUCAGUCACUAGAUGCAUUUGAAAGGAACUGGGGUGUCCAGGCAGCAGGAGCUGUCACUGUAAUAGUCUUUAAAUUUAUUGAUUUCGAUGCUAUUGUAAAGCAACUUUCAAAAAUACGUGUAAGAUUUCCUGCCACACAGGUUGGUUAAAAAGAAUUUCAUCUUUAAUUAUGAUAAUUUUUAAUACAUAGAAUUACUAUAAUAUUAGUAGGCCUAUAUGAAUAUUCAUAAUUUUGUUUUAUUGUAUUUUUUUUCAUUUUCAAUUUGUUUAAUUCGCCAACUAUAAAUGAACAAAAAAUUUACUGACAUGUAAUAUUUCACUCCUAGACUCUGGUGUUUUGCUCUACAAAUAUACACAGCCUUCAACAAAUUAAUUCACUGUCUUUGGUUCGAAGACUUGACAAUUUGACCAUUGACUUAGAUGGUAACCCAGUCACAAAGUUUACAUUAUGGCGGAUGUAUACCGUCUUUCGCUUGGCUCACUUUGCACUUAAAAAAAUUAAUGAUGUUGAGGUAAACAAUGUGUUUUUCAUCAAUUUGAUUUUCACAUAUAUAUUGUUAAAAAAGUACAGAUUAGAAAGGUACUGUUUUAAUUCUGGGGUGACGCUAUCUACUACAUUUUGCCAGUUAAUGUAUAUUGGCUUGUGUUGCUUAUGGUUGAAAUGAGAUGAAAGACUUUGACUUGGUAUGCUCGUAUGUAUUUUUUUAUAUUGUUGCAUCUGUUUUUAAAUGUGGUAAAUUUUAGAUUUUUAAUAUGGUUGACGUGGUACCGCUCUUCGAGGUUUUGGGGAUGAAGCGUGUUUUUCAAAUAAACUUUAAUAGUAUUAUUAAUUUCCAAUUCUAGCUUCUAAAAAUAAUAAAUUAUCUUCUUUAAUUUUUAUUAGUACAAAAAUUAAAGAUUUAAGUUAAAAAAAACUAUCUAUGUUUAAAUUUAUGUUUUUUAAUUCUUAAAAUUUUUCUUUCAGGUGUCGUCAGGAGACAUUGUGAAUGCUGAAAAGCUAUUUGGUCCCUUAUCUCAUGUAGCCACUUCUCAACUUCCUCAGUACCGCCUCCUUUCACUUAUGGGGGAUACCCGCAGGAAGCAAGCUGUUAUUGACGGCAGAAAACAAGUUGAGGCAGGGAAAGGUGGUUUGGGAAAAGCCCAAGUGGAAAUGAUUGGCAGAGCAGGUUUAACCUAUGUGACUCCUGAUUCAAGAGUGGUAUGUUAAUUUUAUCUUAAAUGGACAUAAUUUCACUUUGGCCAUUCUUCAUGACUUCAGAUUGACCUAUUCCUGCAUUACUCACUCUUUAGCGCCCUCCCAAUUUCCUGCAUGCAUCCAAAUAACUUGUUUCAUUUCGCCUUUAUUUUAUUUCAUCUCUAAAUUACAAGAGUUAGAAGAGACACUCUUGGCCCUUGUACCAAGAAAGCUGUUCUUGUUUUUAUGAAUAUCUUACUGCUCUUGGAUCUGAAGUGCUAAAUAUCUUAAUAAAUUAUGGCCUGUUGGAUUGAUGUAUUGAUCUUUCAUUGGUUUAUUAUAAAAUAUUAAUGACAGUAAUUGACCUUACCCUACUUCUGUCUGAUUCUAGUUUAUUGAAUAAAAAUCUGUAUCAUGUUAAUUAAAUAUUAGUGAAAUAUUUUGCAUGGUGAGAAAUUUGAACUGGUAAACUUCAAAACAGUUAAGAAAAAAGGGUAAUAUUGGGGGUUAAAAACAUUAUGAUGUAAAGUAAUGGGGGGUUGGGGGGAGGGCGGAUUGAUCUGAAAAGCAGCAGUGAAAUUGAUUCAUACAUUGCUUAUUUUGAUAAAGGCUGACUUGGAUUGUAAACUAGUUCUUUUAAAACAUCAAUUACUUUCAGGACACAGAGAGCAAGAAACAGUUUGCCCGCAAUUAUUUAACUGAAAUAACAAAGGAGUCUUUGUAUAAUGACAAGAAGAGAACAGAAUUAAUGAGAAUCUGGCCUAGUUUAAUCACAGAAAUGGUACAGAAUGCUUUAUCAGACAUGAAAGACAUCGACUCUUAUAUGAAACAGUCAUUGGAAGAAUUGGAGAGAGGAUAAUCUGCACUGUUUCUGUGCUGUUGUUUGGAAUUGGGGGGGAGGGAGAAGAGAGAGAUGAGUUGAAAAAUUACGUAACUGACUGGGAUGUGGCUUGUACUGGCAACUUUUCUUCACCAACCUGGCAUAGUCAGAUUUUCUUUCGCCAGACAGAUGAUUCUUAUGAGAAUUAUUUGCCUCAUUACCAUUCCACCACUUUGAUCAAACGUCUAUAAUCAUUUAAAUUAUUACAUUUCUAUAAUGGUGCUAGUGAGCUCUCUCUGAUAAUUUUUGAGGUGUGUUCCUCUUUAAUGGUAUUAUUUUUAAAAAGUAUCUUUAUUCUCCAAUGGAAGAAUAUAAUAACUAGAGAUAAUAACUAUGUAGAUGUGAUUGCAUUCUAUGUUUUGUUAGUGUGAUUGUAUCCCAGAGCUAUGCUAUGAUAGAAACAUUGCUCCACAUUGACUGAGGCUGAUGUUGUCAGUUCCUAUCAGUAGGUCUAAAAAUGUUUGGGAAAGUGCAUACUUGUUACCUAAAUUGGAACAAGCCCAUCAACAACUGUAUGCUGUGGUAAGAUAGAACAGAGGUUAAUCCUAAAAAUAUCUACUGGCUUGUCAGAAUGGUAGUGUCCACUGUACAGAUAUAUACAAUAUAGUUUUUUCUUCAGAUGGAAACAAAGUAAAUAUGAACCCUAUUAAAAAUUUUAUAUUAAUACAUUUUAUUGUUGAAAUAUAUCUAUCUUUUAAUAGACAUCAAGACACCUAAAUCUUAUCUAAUGUGAAUCCUCUCUGAAACUGAAACAUGACCAUUUCAUUUGAAUUUGUAAAAAUUAUUUAUGUAAUUUUUAUUAAAUA